UCUGAUAUUGAUGGCCGCCAUUCUCAUUGUCACAAUUACAAAUUAAGACCCAAAAAUGAACGCAAAACGCUCAAACACAGUAGUCGUUGGAAGGAUUUCGUAAUUUCGAUUAAUACUGGUCGGAACCGGAGUUUAAAUAACGAAGAGCUUCAGUUCCCUCCCCCGCCAUAACUUUUUCUCCAAAAGCUGCAACAAUGGCGGUUACAGAUUUCUUCGUUGGAGAGAUAGUCACCGAGCUUCUCAAAAUGAUGGUACAACUUUCGUCAAAAUCAUGCCACUGUAAAGCGAUGGCAGCUCAAAUCGCCAAUUCGCUUCAGCAAAUUUUGCCGAUCAUCGAAGAGAUUAAGUACUCGGGGGUUGAAUUGCCCGCUCAUCGCCAAUCUCAGUUAGAUCGCUUCAGCGAGACUCUCAGGAAAGGCAUUGAGAUUACCGAGAAGGCUCUUCAAUGCAGCCGAUUGAACAUUUACAGAAACUUGCGGCUUGCGAGGAAGUUGGAGAAGCUCGAAAAGGAUAUAUGUCGCUUCAUUAACAGCACCUUGCCGGUGCAUAUACUGGCCGAUGUGCACCACAUGAGGUUCGAGACCACCGAGCGGUUCGACCGGCUUGAAGGAGUUUGGCUGGAAAGGCGACUCGAGUCGAUGAAGAUUAGGGCAGACGGUCCCGUAGAGCGAAGGUGGUGGGCUGAGGAGGCGUUUAUGAGGGCUCGGGAGGAGGAAAGGUUUGAGACUAAUUCGGUGAAUAUAGGAAUUGGGUUGCGUGUGGGCAUGAGAAAAUUGAAGGAGAUGGUGAUUGGAAGGGACGAUUUGACGGCGGUUGGGAUUAGUGGACUUGGGGGUUCGGGGAAGACAACUUUAGCCACAGAAUUCUGCAAUGAUCCUGAAGUUCGAAGACACUUCAAGGAGAAAAUUUUGGUCUUGACGGUGUCACAGUCCCCUGAUGUGGAGCAAAUGAGGAGAACUAUCUGGGGAUAUGUAAUGGGUAGCGACAGUGUCUAUUCUUACGAUCGGAUUGUACAUGGGAGGCCCGCAAAUUCAGCUCUUUUGGUUCUGGAUGAUGUGUGGUCAAUCUCAGUUCUUGAGAAGCUCAUCCCAAACAUAUCUGGCUGCAAAGCUCUAGUGGUUUCACGAUUCAAAUUCACUGAAGUUCUUAGAGCUACUUAUGAAGUAGAGUUAUUGAGGGAAAGUGAAGCGAUUGCUCUUUUUUGCCAUUAUGCUUUCGGACAACAGUCAAUUCCCCUGGCUGCUAACCAUAACUUGGUUAAACAGGUUGUGAAUGAAUGAAAAUGCCUGCCUCUAGCUCUUAAAGUAAUAGGAGCGUCUCUCAGAGAACAGAGUGAGAUGUUCUGGAAUAAUGCAAAGACUAGGUUGUCACGAGGCGAGACUAUUUGCGAGUCCCACGAGAACAAAUUGCUUCGAAGAAUGGCUAUUAGUAUGGAACAUCUCUCAAGUAAAGUGAGAGAAUGUUUCCUCGAUUUGGGAUGCUUUCCUGAAGACAAAAAGAUUCCUCUUGAUAUUCUCAUCAAUGUUUGGAAGGAGUUGCAUGAUCUUGACGAUGAAGAAGCUCUCGCUGUCCUUUUCGAGUUAUCUCAGAAGAAUCUCCUUACCCUGGUGAAAGAUGCACGUGGCGGUGACAUCUACAGCAGUUAUUACGAGAUGUAUGUCACUCAACACGAUGUCUUAAGGGACCUUGCUCUUCAUUUCAGUAGCCAGGAGAAUGUAAAUGACCGCAAGCGAUUACUGAUGUCAAAAAGUGAAAUGCAACUUCCAAAAGAAUGGUCAAGGAAAUCAGAUCAGCCGUUCAAUGCUCGACUGGUUUCAAUUCACACAGGUGAGAUGAAAGAAAUGGAUUGGACGCAGAUGAUAUUUCCUGAGGCUGAAGUGCUGAUUCUAAAUUUCUCUUCGAGUGGAUACUUCUUGCCACCGUUUCUUUGCAACAUGCCGAAGCUGAGAGCACUAGUUAUGCUAAAUAGCAAUGCAACACAUGCAACUAUCAGCAAUUUCUCAGUUUUUUCUAGUUUGAUCAACCUGAGAAGCAUCUGGCUGGAAAAGGUUUCCAUUGCGCAACUAUUCGAUGCUUGCGCCCCAUUUAAAAAUUUGAGGAAGAUAUCUCUUAUCUUCUGCAAGAUUAAGAACAGCCUCGACGAGUCAGCUGCAAACGUAUCCCAGAUCUUCCCGUUCCUUUUGGAACUCAAAAUCGAUCACUGCAACGAUUUGGUUAAGCUACCUUCAAGCAUUUGCGAGAUGCAAAGUCUCAAGUGUCUCAGUGUCACCAAUUGUCAUAGUCUAAGUCAACUGCCUACCAACUUGUGGAAGCUGAAAAAUCUACAAAUCUUGAGACUUUCUGCUUGCCCACUUCUUACAACUCUACCCCCAGGCAUUUGUGGACUUUCUUGUCUAAAGUACAUUGACCUCUCUCAAUGUGUUAACUUGAUCAGCCUUCCUGAAGAAAUUGGUAAGCUGGCAAACCUUGACAAAAUUGACAUGAGAGAAUGCUCACUGAUCAGGACACUACCCAGAUCAGUUGUGUGCUUGCAAUCUCUCUGUCACGUUAUCUGUGAGGAAGACGUCUCGUGGCUGUGGGAGGAUUUGAAGAGUCAUAUGCCUAAUCUGUACAUUCAAGUCGCCGAGAAAUGCUUCGACUUAGACUGGCUCAACGAUUAAUAGUCAGCUUGGUUGCUGAUGUUUUUUCUUUUUAUGUACAUAACCUUUUCUAUUCUCAAAAGUAAUUAAUGAUGGAAGCCUUUAGAGUUUGAACGCUUUAUGAUCCACUCAUCAAAUCUCUUGGCAAAUUCCAGAAUUGCUUUA